UGCGAGGGCACGCCGGACGUCUCUGUGCAUCGACUUGUAUUCCAUUCAUUCAUUUGUUUCUCCAUUUCGUCCCAUUUCCCUAACUGGUGACCGUCUCUCGCUCUCGUCCAAUUCUCAAUUGAUCCGCCUGGACGUCGUAUCCCAUAAGCGCAAAAGAAAAGAGAUCGAACAAGAAGAAAAGUUCAACUACAAACUACCGCCAACAUGCCGACAAAACUUAUGCUGGUCUUCGUCGGCUUCGACUUCAUCUUCGCCGCAUGUGGAGGAUUGUUGAUGGGAUUCUCGGUCAUGUCAGAGCAGAACCAAAGGGCCGAUCCGACCCUCGACAACGUAGCACAGAACCUCCUACUAGGCCAGUGUCCGUUAACAGCCGGUGUCGUGAACUCAAUCUUCAUCUUCGUCACCUUCCUGCUCUCUCUACCGGCACUCUUCCUUCCCCACAACCGAGGCUGGCUCCGCGCCCAAGGCUGGCUUGUCGUCUUCUGCGCAACCUUCACCCUUGGACUCGGUCUGUCUGUCUGGGUGGAAACCCUUCAAACCCGCAGAAGAUUGGAGGGCAUCUGGGGUCGCGAAUCCACCUUGAUCCAAAGUCUCCUCCAGCAGAAAUUUGACUGCUGCGGCUACCUCAACGAGACAUCCCCGCCCUUCGUCAUCGACAACACCUGCAAGAACGCCCUGGUCGCCGCGCAAAAGGGCGGCUGCAUCGGCCCCUUCUCUGCGUUCGCAAACACCUACCUCGACCGCAUCUUCACCGCCGCCUUCGGCAUCGUUGGCAUCGACGUCAUCCUUGUGCUCUGCGUCGCCAUGGUCCUCAAGUACAGGCAGGAGCAGGAGCGCUACAGGCACAUUGACGAGAAGAACGGUAUGGGUGGAUUGUAGGUUGUAGGACCGUCUGCUUGGGAUUGAGAGUUGCGCCUGGAUUAAGAGGGAGCUUUCAUGUGGAUGAUGUCAAAAGAGAAGGAGCGUAGAAUCAUUGGCAUAUUAGAAGAGGGGUAGAAAUUUGGAAAAACAAAAAAAAAAAUUGAAGAAGAGAUGGUUAUGAAUU